AUGGCAGACUCUACCGUCUACCGUGCUGGUACCACAGCUCCCGUCAACAUUGCCGUUGUCAAAUACUGGGGCAAGCGUGAUGCCAAGCUGAACCUCCCUACAAACAGCUCCAUCUCCGUCACUCUAUCUCAGGCCGAUCUUCGAACCCUCACGACUGCCUCUUGCUCUACCGCCUUCACCGAAGACAGCCUCACUCUCAACGGGGAGCUCUCCGACAUUUCGGGCGCCAGAACGCAGGCUUGCUUUCGCGAGCUGCGCGCCCGCCGCGCAGCUCUAGAGGCGUCCGACGCUUCUCUACCCAAGCUAUCGACGAUGCCUCUCAAGAUUGUAUCCGAAAACAACUUCCCUACCGCAGCCGGGCUUGCCUCCUCUGCUGCCGGCUUCGCCGCCCUCGUCCAAGCCAUUGCCAACCUCUACGAGCUCCCCGACUCCCCCUCCGACCUCUCCCUUAUUGCUCGCCAGGGCUCUGGCUCAGCCUGCCGUAGCUUGUUUGGUGGCUAUGUCGCCUGGCGCAUGGGUGAUAAGGAAGACGGCAGCGACUCCAAGGCCGACCUCGUCGCUGAGGCUUCGCAUUGGCCCAGCAUGCGCGCUCUCAUACUUGUUGCCAGCGCCGCCAAGAAGGGCGUUUCUUCCACUUCAGGUAUGCAGCAGACCGUUGCAACAUCGGGCCUCUUCAAAGAGCGCAUCGCGCGCAUCGUUCCUGACAACAUGGCUGCCAUGGAGGACGCCAUACAUAACCGCAACUUUGAAAACUUUGCCGAGGUUUCCAUGCGUGACUCUAAUUCUUUCCACGCUUGCUGCGCUGAUACUUACCCUCCCAUUUUCUACAUGAAUGACGUCUCACGUGCGGCGAUUCGCGCCGUUGAGUCUAUAAACGCCAAGGCUGGCAAAACUGUUGCUGCGUACACGUUUGACGCCGGCCCCAACUGCGUCAUCUACUACCUCGAUGAGAACAAGGAUGCUGUCCUUGGCGCAUUCACGGAAACUCUCGGUAGCACCUCUGGCUGGAAAGGCGGUGUCGGCUCCCAGUCUGGUGUUUUGGACGAGACUGUUGCCGAAAUUUUGCGAGAUGGCGUCACCCGCGUCAUUAUGACUGGUGUUGGUGAGGGUCCUGUCAAGACGGACGAGUUUCUUAUUGAUGCCAACGGCCAGAAUACCAAGCGAUGA